CAGUGUGCCGCCGCUCCGCCGCCCCGUUCACAUCUGCAGCUCCGACCCCGCGAGCGGGUCAGGGAGAAAUGGAAGCUGCGCGCGAGGAAUGAAGAAUGUUCUCGACGCCCGUCACCGUCUGAGCCCAGAAGAUCCCGUCCGAGUGCAGAGACAGCCCGUGUUUCCAAGUGACUGAUUAAAACGAGACAGCAUCAUGGGCUGUGUGGGCUCAAAGAAGGAGCAGAAGUUCCCCAGCAAAGACUCGGAUAACAGCGACCAGCAGAACAGAGCUCAGGUACACUAUGUCAGAGACCCCACCUCUGGAAGCAAAUCUGCCGCCAAACAGCCUACUAAUGCAACCUCUUCAGAUGGUGAGAGUGUCGCCAUUGCACUGUUCGACUAUGAGGCGAUUCAUGAAGGAGACCUUGGCUUCAAGAAGGGAGAUAAACUCAGAAUUUUGGAGGAGUCAGGCGAGUGGUGGAGAGCUAUGUCCAUCAGCACAGGCCAGGAAGGCUACAUUCCCAGCAACUAUGUAGCCAUAGAUUCUCUGGAGACAGAGGAUUGGUUCUUUAAGGGUGUUAGCAGAAAGGACGCCGAGAGGCAGCUCCUGGCUCCAGGGAAUCGAAUCGGAUCCUACAUGAUCCGAGACAGUGAGACUACCAAGGGUAGCUACUCUCUGUCCGUCAGGGAUCAAGACCCCAAGGCUGUUGACACAGUUAAACAUUAUAAAAUUCGAACUCUGGACAACGGAGGAUUUUACAUCUCACCACGCAUCACCUUCGGCACUCUGCAAGAGCUGGUCAGCCAUUAUAAGAAACAGGGAGAUGGCCUCUGCCAAACUCUGACCAGCCCAUGUUUGAGCCCCAAACCUGAAAAGCCUUGGGAAAAGGACGCCUGGGAAAUCCCAAGAUCUUCACUUAAGUUAGACAAGAGACUUGGUGCAGGACAGUUUGGAGAAGUUUGGAUGGCUACCUACAAUAAGCACACCAAGGUAGCUGUGAAGACCAUGAAGCCAGGCAGUAUGUCAGUGGAGGCUUUCUUGAUGGAAGCUAACCUGAUGAAGAGUCUACAGCACGACAAACUGGUUCGACUCAACGCUGUGGUCACCAAAGAAGAGCCCAUCUAUAUCAUAACUGAGUAUAUGGAAAAAGGCAGUUUGUUGGACUUCUUAAAGAGUGACGAAGGCAACCGUGUCCAGCUUCCCAAGCUUAUUGACUUUUCUGCCCAGAUUGCAGAAGGUAUGGCAUACAUUGAACAGAAGAACUACAUCCACAGAGACUUGAGAGCUGCCAACAUCCUGGUCAAUAAGUCCUUAGUGUGCAAAAUUGCUGACUUUGGCCUUGCUCGUAUCAUUGAGGACAAUGAAUACACAGCCAGAGAAGGAGCUAAGUUCCCAAUCAAAUGGACCGCCCCUGAAGCCAUCAACUAUGGUUCCUUCACAAUAAAAUCCGACGUCUGGUCCUUCGGAAUUUUGUUGACUGAGAUUAUCAGUUACGGACGCACCCCUUAUCCAGGAAUGACUAAUCCAGAGGUAAUCCGUUCUCUGGAGAAAGGUUACCGAAUGCAGCGCCUUGACAGCUGUCCCACUGAACUUUAUGAUAUCAUGCUGGUGUGCUGGAAGAACAAGCCAGAGGACCGUCCCACCUUCGACUACCUGCAGAGUGUCCUGGAAGAUUUCUACACAGCCACAGAGAGCCAGUACCAGCAGCAGCCAUGAGACAUGAUUCAUUAAUAUGAAUCCUCAGUUUGUGUCUGCAGUAGUGCAGUUCAGGCCACAAACCCUGUUAGUUUAGCUCUCUGUCUCUUAUUUACACACACGGCACAGCAAUAGUAGGGACUGUACAGAAAUUAUUAGCAGACAAUUACUUUUCCUUUUGAAAGAUAGGUCUUUACACGUUUGCUAUUUAAUAAAAAGCUCCCUGUUUUAAAAGAGAAAGAGCUACAGGAUUGGAAAGAUGUAGCAAACACAUGAGUUUCUAAAAGUGAAUCUCCAUUUGUGUCCACUACAGAGAGCCCACAAAGACUCGCUGCCUAAAAAAAAAUUAGAUGCUAUUUUUUAUACUUGCUUUAUGUAAAUUGAGAGUCGCAACAAUUCCACAGCACUAAAACUCCAACUCAAAAGGUGGUGUCAAAGAAGUUACAAAAAAAGAUUGGAAGUACAUCCUAUAUGUCAGAGACAGAAACAGACAUUUGUUGUUUUUCUCUCACAAUAUAAUCUAUUUUUUUCUUACGUCUGCUGUUUAUUGAAUAAAUAGUUUAUUACUCAAGGCCGCUCAAACUGCAUAAAGCUUUGUCGAUAGAUUAGUGCGUUAGCUCCACCUUGUGGUCUGGAGUUUGAUAGAGCCUAAAAGGUUUGUCACAUACAGGCAGCAGUCUUAAAAACAAGAGCGUAGCACAUUAAAUGUUAAUAUUCCCAGAGCCGCAUCAGCUUACUUGAACUGAAUCAGUUUUGGCCUCUGACAUGAAGAGUAGCACUUCAACGAACAUUUUUAUCUAAUUUAUUUACGUAGAUACAUUAAAUACAGACCAAAAUUCAAACCAAAAGGCGUUUCAUUCGUGCCAUUGUUUUGAUGUAAUUAUCGCUAAUGGUAACUUGUUCUGUAUUGGUACGUUUUUAUAUUCCUGCUGUAAUUUUUAUACAGUCCCUAACUUUUUAAAACAUGACAAACUUCAUCAGCAGAUAUUUUCUGUGCUAACUCAGGAUUACAGAAAAGGAAUUUACAAUGUGAAAAAAAUAGGCCUGAUUAUGGUAGCAAUUUUCUCUCUGCACAUGUUUUUACAUUAUUUGUGGCUUAUUUUAGCAUUCCUCAUUCACAGUGCCUUUGACAGUGGCUCUUUAAUCCACAUUCAAUCAGCAAUAUAUUCCAUAUGAUUUGUAUAUACAGAAAAGGUAGCACUCAGUCUUACAUUUAUUCUGCUUGUUAAUUCUUACAUAUGUGUUCUUUAUGACUUAACUUAUUUAAAAAAAGCAGUUCAUACUUUUCUCAGUAAUAUUUUCUUUAAAAAUACAUCUUUUAUAAGCUUGUAUGCUUGUUUUAGCAAAGAGCAAUGACUGAUACUUACUAAUGCAUUUUUACCGUGCUGGGAGUUGAAUGUAAAUUGCACAUAAACAUUCAGGACCAAAAUCCUGAACAAGUGAGCUUUUAAGAUUUUAAUAUUUCAUGCUGUGGUAAACAUGGCAUCUAUUUUGAAAGACAUCUACUUAACAGUGUAUCAAAAACGUUUUUUUUUAAGUGUAGAGCCAUCUAAGAAUGAAGCACAGCAUUGCUCAGAACUGUAUAUAAUCAUCUAGUUAAGACUGGUUUUUUUCCUCUGUUUUUCAAUGUGAAUCUCUUGGCAGUUUGUGAAUGCUUAAGUGCAACUGUUAUGACAACGGUUAAAUAAAAAGAUUUAAAGAUGGCA